UUCUUGCUGCGUGCUUCACAGUUGGCUGGCUCACUUCUCAUAGGAGUCUCAUGGCAGACCAGAGCCAGCCCUGAAAGUAAGAGCAGUCAGAAAGUACGAGGACUCUUCUUACUGGAGAACUGAUUCCUCUUCCGCGACGUCUCUAACAUGAGAUAGCAGAUAAUCCACGGACCUGCGGGGAGUUAGACUCAGGUCUGAUCCUAGAACUUUACAGAGUCCAGCAGCCGAUCCGCUCCGACCACACCCUCCCCGCUUCCUCAUACUGCAGCGGGAGCGCGCAGCUCGGCUUUGAUCCCCGGGAAUAACGGCCCCUUCCCCGGUUACCUUCAGGAUUUCAUGCCCCUGGAAGCUGCAGAGACAUGUGAGUGAACUGUGGGGAGACUUUGGACUGGGUAUGGCUGUGGAAGGGAAGCAGAGGAUAUGCGGGGUUUCACAUUCUCUGGUCCCGUGUCAAGACGCCUAGAGGAGGAGGAGGAGGACGGACAGGAGGACGAUGCAUAUGGAGUCCAAGCAACUCCAGCAACUGCGAGCUUCUAACCCAGGUCUGUGUCUGAAGAAGAAGAGGUUGAAAGUGGAGAGAGGAGUUUGUGUUUUUGGAAAGUUGGGCUUUCGGUCUCUAACUUUGGACGACUCAUGAGAGGAUGGUGCUGAAGGGGAACACAAGUCUUCCCCCUGUCCAGGAGAGCUGCCCGGGUGGAGCCUCGUUUCUAACCAGCAUGAGUUCACCAGGCCGGUCACAGUCUUUGGAAGCAAGUCGGACUGGAGAUCAGUGCUGCUUCAGGCUACUCACCCUGACUCCAGUGGACUUAAAAUGACAUCAUAUUGAUUCAUGUUAAAAAAAAGACUGAAAAUAGAUCAAGUUAGUGUUGGGGUGAUGUUUCCUCUCCUAAGAGAUCAAAACAGAAGGAUCAGCAGAUGUAAUGAAUUAGGAAUGUGAUCUAAAAGAAAAGUUUCUUCUGACAUCCUCUCAGUCUGCACUUUGCCUCUCAGGAGGUGGCACUGCAGUUUCCUUUUUAAAGUCACCACCUGUGAAUUCUUCUGUUCUUCUUCCCCAAACAGGGACUGAGUGAGAGUAUUGACUUAUGUAUGUCACAGGCAUUGAAUGAAUCAAUAAGAUCACUCCAAGUUUAAGGUGUAAUGCCAAGGCAGGUGACUAGGAGUGUGCCCGAUUAACACUUAGUCUAACAAGAUAAAACAAUCUGGAUGUUAUUCACACAAAGUAAUGCAGUAACAGAGUUUAGCUCUUUCUACAUGUUUACAUUAAGAGUAUAUGUUCUGUGUGUCCACAUUUAAUGUACAGCUGAUUACCAAUACUCUGAAGGAAUUUAAGGAAGACUGUUCGGCCAGUUGAUUUUCUCAAAGUGUGUGAAAGCAGUGAGUUAAGGCUUAUCUUGGAAACAGUACGAUGCAGAGAACUAUACAGAACUGAACUGAGUAGCCCCCCACCCUACCCCAACUCCCUUAUUAUGGCUAGUGGUGGCUCUGACAAAUCCACAAGUGAGGGAUCCCCCAGCACACCCAGUGGCAGUUUGCAGCAAAGGAAGCGUCUCUCUUCCAUCUGUGACAAUUGUAAAAGCAAGAUGCAGCUGGUGGCCGAUCUCCUCCUCCUGUCCAGUGAGACGAGGCCCGUCAUGACUUCUGAAGGGGUGGCUGUGGCGGACACCUUCGACCAGUGCCGAGACACAGUCAUAGCCAGGACUAAAGAGCUCUCCAUCCUCACACACGACAUCCAGAGUCAGCUCAACAUGGGCCGCUUCACCGAGGUGGGAGACCGUCUGGUGGAGAUGGCCGACCUGGUGGUGUCUUUGACAGAAUGCUCGGCCCACGCUGCUUACUUGGCGGCGGUGGAGACCCCCGGCUCUCAGCCCUGCCUGCCGGGUCUGGUUGACCGCUACAAAGUGACCCGAUGUCGGCAUGAAGUGGAGCAGAGCUGCGGCAUCCUCCGAGUCACACCCCUUCCAGACCUCACCCCCCAGCUCCUCCUGGAGCUGUCUCAGAACAUCUCUAUUAACCUGAAGAAUCUGACAGACAUUUCGUCUCUGGCUAGCGAGAGGUCCAGAGAUCGCUUUGCAAAAGAGCAGUUCAAACUGAGCGUCAAGAGCAUGAGCACAAGCGGCACGGCCUUUCUCGCGUGUGUCAAGGAAGUGAAAACGCAGCCCAGUGAGCUGACCAGAAACCGCUGCGUCCUCUUUGGUGCCGCUCUGGUCCAGGCUGUGAGCGCCCUGGUUGGGUUUGCCACAGAGCCUUCUUUCCUGGGAAGAGCUGCGAGUAUCUCCAAUGAAGGGAAGGGGGUACAGACUGCAGUGUUAGGGGGGGCCAUGAGUGUGGUUUCAGCCUGUGUCCUCCUCACUCAGGGCCUACGAGAUGUUGCACAGCAUCCUGAGAGCAGCUCCAAAAUGGCAGACUACCGCGAGCGCCUGCGUAAUUCGGCGUGUGCUGUGUCAGACGGCUGCACUCUGCUCACUCAGGCACUCAGAGAACGCUCCUCUCCAAGGACUCUGCCGCCAGUCAACUCUCAUUCUGUGAAUUAGUUUAGGAAGAGGCAGUAUGAGCUCCAGUCCCCUCUGUCCUCUUCUGACCCACCAAAGAGACUCACCUGGGUUCUCCCUGUUCAUCAGGUUUACAGUCAGAGUAACAUCACAUGAGAGCUGUCUGUGUUUCUGUCCAUGUGGUUGAAGUAUGUUAGAAUGCAGGGGGAACUAAAAGCAGCCUCUGCAGGGUUUGAUGUCGCGCUGGAUGCGAGUCAAACCUAGGUAGAAGUGAACCACUGCAUCUCUCUGGACCUGGCCGGGGUUCCGCUGACAGACAGCAGCCGUCAAACCUGAAAAGUUUACCUCAGUUUUCUACUUCGGUGAAAACAGCAGCCUUGAUGAUGGAUGUAGCCUUGCUGUGUGAACCUAUGGUUGGCUGACCUACUCAAUUACACCUGCUUGUGAGAUUAGACAGAGUGAUCCGAGUGUCUCAGUCUUUUUUUUGUGUGUGUGUGUGUGUGUGUGUGUGCGCGCGUUUGUGUGUGUGUGUGUGAAUUCCUAAUUUGUAAAAGCUGCUGUGAGUGUGUGCCAUAGGUUUUACACUAUUUACCAGACUUUCCAUAGUAUUUUAAAGUGUUUUGAAUAUGCAUGUAAUGGAGUAUUUAUUUCAACUAUUAAAAUGAUGUUUCUGAAGUACUGUU